GUAGCUACAAAGGAGAGGCGUGAUUGGAUAAAUCCACCGGGCACCAGCCACCAGUUUUACUGUACAGCUUUCCACGUUACUUUACGAUUAUUUUAUAACUACCGAGUUUUACUGUAGUCGUUUGUAUGUCUUGGCGUUUAAAAACCUGUUGUUUCUGCCUGCUCUGGUUUUCCUGAGCACGGAGCGGAAGCGUUGACUGCAACUCUCUUGAGCUGUAACUUAAUUCUCUUGGCCACACUGUUACUCUUUAAAGAAGCCCAUCGUAAACUGGACACCUGCUAUACCCAUGACAUUUUGAAAGCUUGACCAACUUGCCCUCUAACUGAAGAUCUAAAAUAUAUUUAAGUACGACCGUGACUAUGAAAUCCUCACGCCUCUUUAUCAAUGAACGGUAGCAUACCGACUGACGCUACGCAGUUCUCAAUUAAAACUAGCUAUCAAGCUAAUGACAACUUGGCUAACUACAACCCACGAACUGUUUUUGUUGUUGACAGUUUGUAAUAAGUAUUAAAAUCUUCCUAGAUAUCGUUUUAUCUGUGACAAAUCAAACAUAAUGAGGAUCCUUAGAUUUCUGAGGAGUAGUGUGGCCAUAACAAAGGAUAUAGACUUUUAUUCCAGAUUCUCACCUUCUCCUCUGUCAAUGAAGCAGUUUCUGGACUUUGGAUCAGAAAAUGCUUGUGAGAAAACCUCCUUUGCCUUUCUCAGACAAGAGCUGCCAGUGAGGUUGGCCAACAUAAUGAAAGAAAUCAAUUUGCUGCCUGACCACUUACUCCGGACUCCCUCAGUGCGACUGGUCCAGAGCUGGUACAUGCAGAGUUUUCAGGACAUUCUUGAGUUCAAAGAAAGGAAUGCAGAUGAUGAAAAGACCAUCUAUGAUUUUACAGAUGCUGUUAUAAAGAUCCGGAAUCGACACAAUGACGUCAUUCCAACCAUGGCUCAGGGAGUGGUAGAGUACAAGGACACCUAUGGCAUGGAUCCAGUUGUAAGCCAAAAUGUUCAGUAUUUCCUUGAUCGUUUCUAUAUGAGUAGAAUAUCCAUCAGAAUGCUUCUAAACCAGCACACACUCCUAUUUGGUGGUAAGGUGAAGGUGAACCCAGCGCACCCUAAACAGAUUGGGGGUAUUGAUCCACACUGUCACGUCAGUGAUGUCAUUAGGGAUGCCUUUGAAAAUGCAAGAAAUCUCUGUGACCGCUACUACAUGAACUCUCCUGACCUUAUACUGGAAGAAUUUAAUCCAAAAGAAAAAGAUAAACCUAUUACGGUGGUUUAUGUUCCCUCUCAUUUGUACCACAUGGUCUUUGAACUUUUCAAGAAUGCCAUGCGUGCCACAAUGGAGUUAUAUGGGGAUUCUAUGGAGUACCCCCCAAUCCAGGCACAUGUUGCUCUGGGCACAGAAGACUUAACAGUAAAGGUGAGCGAUCGUGGUGGAGGUGUCCCACUGAGAAAGAUUGACAGACUGUUCACCUACACAUACUCCACUGCCCCCAAACCCGAUAUAGAGCGCUCUCAUGCUGCCCCUCUGGCUGGUUAUGGCUAUGGUCUCCCCAUUUCUCGGCUCUAUGCUCGGUAUUUCCAAGGAGACCUGAAGCUAUAUUCUUUGGAGGGAUUUGGGACAGAUGCAAUAAUCUACAUACGGGCAUUGUCCACAGAGUCAAUAGAGAGACUCCCAGUGUACAACAAGUCUGCAUGGAAACACUACAAAACCAUCCACGAGGCGGACGACUGGUGCGUUCCCAGCAAAGAGCCCAAGGACAUGACUACUUAUCGGAGUUUCUAGGGCCAAACCAAAGUGUUGUGAGUGCUAAAUGGGCAGCCUGCUGCUAUGAGGCUGAUAAUGAACAAAGAUGAGUAAGAUAUAUUUGACUAUUUACAGUAGUAAAAAUAUAUUAUUUAAUGGAGUAAGGUGCCUACCAGGUUGCACCUCAAGUUCCUCACAUCUAACGCACACCUAUCGUGUUUAGAGAUUUAAAAGCUAUGUAUUAAUUCGUUUUGGUCAAUAACAUACCUAUGCCAGUUUUUAUCUGUUACCUAAAUAAUACAUUCUGUUUUAGUAGUUGGAGUUGUAAUUUUAUGUCAGCUAUGUCUUGUGCUGCAAAAUAUUUUACUUAGAGUUAAAGCAAAAGGAAUGUCUUAUUUAUUUCCAGCAUUCAUGUCCUGUCUAUCGCAACCACCACCUGUAUGGACCUGAGCUACACUCUCAUAUUACAGUAUUAUGUCCUGUCUGUCAUAUGAAUGGUUGUAUUCAAAAUAAACACUCCCAAGUUCAUU